AUGUCUAGCAACUUAGAAUGUGGACCUCGAUGCGAUACUAGAUGUUCCAAGACAGCUUACAAGAAACCAUGCAUGUUCUUCUGCCAGAAAUGUUGUGCGAAAUGCCUGUGUGUCCCUCCUGGCACAUAUGGUAACAAGCAAGUUUGCCCUUGCUACAACAACUGGAAGACCAAGAGGGGAGGGCCCAAAUGCCCAUAACUUUAUAGGAGUAAUAAUUUCAUGCAAGAAUUUGGUGGCCUAACUUAUUGUACCCUAUGCUUUGUAACCCUUUUCUUUACUUUUCUUUUAUGUUUUUGGUUUUCAAGCUUUCCUAGCAGAAUCCAUUGGAAGAAAAGAAAAGUGAAUUAAAAUGAGAGUUUAGAAGAUGAAAAAGGGAAAGACCCUCAAUCGUUAGGCAGUAUUGGAUUCAAUGUAUCCAUUGUAACCUAUUCAAUAUCCAUUUCUACUUAUGCUUUCUUGAUUAAUAGCAAUAUCCAUUUCUACUUUUACUUUCUUCA